CUAUAAAACGAUAUUAAUUGUCUGCUGUUUUAGUUCAUUUUUAUCGAGGACGAAGAACAGAACGCCGCCUCAAAGGGAACGUCAGAUUUUACGAACGAAAGGCCAUCGAUGUACAAUGAUCUUUAUUUGCAAGAACCGUUCGGAGGCAGUACGAGUCAAACGCGGAAGAACGCACAGGACGAAAACAAGAACAAACACAUAUCGUACAACAUCAACACGGUGUUCAACAGCAAAGAUUAUUUGCAAAUGCCGUCGUCGGACCACAGGAACAUGGGGGCACAAGACGGUAUGGCGAGUCGGACGAGUUUCUACAAUAGCGGCGGUAGUCCGCAGCUGCAGCGCGAGUCCCAGACGGGAAUAAGCGUGGACAGACAAUACGACGCCGGUUACAAUGGAAUGCACGAAGGUGAGAGGCCAGCUGGUGGAUUCCCACCGGACGGACAAGAAUUAUUAAGUACGUCGAGAGAUUAAAAAAAAAAAUAAUAA